GAAAUCUUAUGAACCGAUAAAAGAAAGUCCUUUGUAGAAUAAUCAUUAAAUCAAAACAAAUUCAAAUUUAAAAAACGAGUAUUACAAAUGUCUGCAGUACAGUUCUUGUAAGCACCAACAGUAGUACUAGUUGUACCGAUUUACAUCAGCAAUGAGUGGCAAUAAGUUGCCAACCACAAGCUUAAGGAUUAGAAAAAAGGAAAUACAUGUCAAAGAAUCGACCAUACAUAGUGAAGAUUUAAGUCAGAUUUUAUGUAAUCUUCAACGAUCUUUAGCAGCUGAUGAACACAGCUGCUUACCAGGUCUCGUAUUAGCAGUAGUCGGUGACUCGGAGAGUUAUGUUCCAAAACCAUGGAAUACAACAGCUUUUACAUCUGGACUUUUGCAAUCGAUACAAGGAGUCAAAAAGAGUUGGAUUAUUUACCGUGGUAACAAUGAUGGUAUAAGCGCAUUGAUUUAUAACGCAUUCAGAGAAACAACACACACUCAACCAGCAUUAAGAAGAAGAGACAAGUCUAUCGAAACGACUAACGAAAACACAUUGAUUGAAAUAAGGCCAUUGACAGAAAAUGAAGAGGCAGACGACGACAACGUCACAGAACCAGAUUGGUUAUUUACUCUUAAACCAGUUUUUGAUGAUUUACAAACACAAAUGAAAUACAGAUGGUUCAACCGAUAUUUGUCUCAUUUUUUGGAGAAACUUUCAGCAGAAUAUACCCCAUUAUUGUCAAAGGAAGAAGACGAGAAAGAAUUGGUUUUGAUAAACAUGAGAGUUCCUGUUUUGAUGAUUGCUGUAGAAGGUGACAUAAGUACUAUACACCAAAUUAAGUCAGCUGUGAAACGCAACAUUCCAGUUUUAUUGGCGAAAGGUUCCGGAAAGGCAGUAGAUUUUAUCAUUGAGUACUUAGAAGAGUCAAGACCCAUAAAGAAAGAAAAAGUACUGAAGGAAAACGCCCAUCUGCUACUAGGUAUUUAUAUGCGUGCAGAAGAUUACAAAAGUUUAAAGAAGAGAAUGAUAAGCAUUCAAAAGCACAGUCACCUGAUUACAAUUUUUGAUUUAGACAAUUCAAAAAAUGACCAGAUGGAAGAUUUUGUAGUAAAAACUAUCAUUAAAGGAUGGUCAUUAAAGGAGAUACACGAUUCAACUGAUGAUCCAAACGAUAAAGGGAAAAGUUCAGCAAGAACAGUUACAAUGAACAACGUGGAGACAGAACGAACAUUUGAUUGCUUGAUGGAACAUUUCCAUGUAACGCCUGGUUCACUGUCACUUUUCUUCUACAUUGCAUAUCAAUACAUACUAGAAAGCUGUGAAAUAAAGAACAAGAAAAAGGAAUUAGAAUUAUUCCUGCUGGAGGCAAUAAUUUCCAGCAGAGUAGACUAUGUAUCUGCUCUAGUUCAACAUGGGGUGAAGUUUAAUAUAAACUACAUAGGACGACUAUUUGAUGAGACAUUAAAAUGUAACAAUUGUGAUGCCAGAGACUGUAGGAGGAUUCAUGCAAUACAUUUUCGAGUGUCUACAAAAUGCUGCUAUGGUGUAUGGUGCACUUGCAAUGAACAAUGCAAAAAGCAUCGACUAAAAUGUGGCGUAUCAGAAUGUGAGGUAUAUCAUUAUGUGUGCGACCUUGAAAGUAAGAAUGGAGAACAGACCCUUACAUGUUGCAGCACCAGAAAUAUUCAGAAUUAUUGCAGAUGCAGUCGACAUCGAGUUACUGGUAUUAACGGAAUAUGUCACAAACUGCAUGAUUUACUACAUAACGUCCGUAACAUUUGCCAAGAACUUUUGCAUUAUCCAAAAGAUGCUGUAGGCACAACUGAAGAACAAGCACAGAAACGAUGUUCAGUUGUACCAAUCUGCCGUGGGUUCAGUAGAAAGAAGACGAGUGACCACAACGACCUGUAUCAUGUUCUGUUAGCAUGGGCGAUAUUUGCACAGAAGGAGGAAUUGGCUUCAAUUUUUUGGGCAAAAUGUGAAAACCCAUUACUAACAGCAAUAAUGGCAAGUAGCAUGAUGAAAACAAUGGCGGAGAUGGUCAAUACUGCAAAAGAUAUUAAACUAAACAAGGACCUAUUGAAACACUCAAGACUGUUCGAAAAGCGAGCGCUCUUUCUGAUAAAUUCCUUAUAUGAAGAAGAUGGAAUGGGAUGUAUGAGUUUGAUGAAUACAGAAGACAAAGUUUGGGGGAUUCGUGUAGCUCCAGUAGAAUGUGCAUUUGAUAAUGGGAUAAUUGACGUGGUUUGUCAUCCAUGCGUGCAGAGAUUAUUAAACAGAGUUUGGUACAAAGAUACAGCAGCGAUGUGGCGUGAUUGGAUGAAGAUUCUAUUUUGCAUUAGUAUAUCAAGUACAAAGCCUAAAAAAGCAUGGAAAUCACCAGCAAUGAUGUUUUUGAUCCACUAUCUGAUUAUGUUGGGUAUGCUAGUAGGUUACAGCGCAUUCCUCUUAUCUAACAUUAAAGGUAUCAACACAUUUAGUGAUAUCGGAGUUUAUGAGCUAUUACUUUAUCUAUGGAUCACUGCAGAUGCCGUAGAAGAAAUAUUUAGAAACAUUGUGAUAACGGUGCAAAGAAAUAUAUCUCACAAUCAAUCUCGCAAAAGGUUCCGGUUGUAUUGUUAUCUGACCAACUUAUGGAAUGUUUUAGCAUUACUCUCUUAUGCAGUACUUGUAUCUGCAGUAUUAGUUCGUACUUUCAAUGGUGGCCAGCGUUUUGAAAUUAGACUCUACAGCCUUGGAUUGUUUAUAAUGUAUAUGAGAUUUUUUCAUAGCUUAAUGGUGUUAACAUAUUUUGGUCCAAAACUUAUUAUGAUUGGCAAAAUGCUUAAGGAAUUGCUUCAAUUUAGUUGGAUCCUGUUUGUUUUUAUUAUGUGUGCUGGCGUACUGUAUCAUUCGAAUAUGUAUCCUAAUCAUCGUGAUAUGUGGCCAAAUCGUGGAGCAGAUACAGCGCAUUGGCGAAUAUGGAAGAUCAUUUCAUUACCUUAUUGGCAACUUUAUGGUGAACUAUUCAUUGAUGAAUUGAAAGGAAAAACCAAUAGCAAUGAUACUUGUACAUCUGUUGAAUCAGAAUGGGAAAGUAACCCAGACCUUGACAGAUGUGUUGAAUACGACUGGGCUAUUAUGGUUGUAGCAGCCAUGUAUAUGCUGAUAUCAAACCUCCUGUUGUUUAACUUAAUCAUUGCCCUGUUUAGCUAUCGAUUCAAGGAGGUGCAAAACAACUCUGACAGAUUGUGGAAGUACUGGAGAUAUGCAACCAUCAAAGACUAUAGCACAAGAUUUCCUGUGCCGUUCAAUGUGUUCUUACAUGUCUUCAAUUGCAUAGUCAUGUUUUACAAAAGAAAACGACCGAAUUGUAAAAGACAAAAUGGAAGUCAAAGGGUGGUGAAUACUCGAUUAAAAAAGUGCAUUGAAGCAUGUUCUCUCGAACCUGACACGCUAAUAAAGCUGCAAGCGAAAUAUGCCAACAGUCGUCUCUACAACGAAAUGACUAGAAAUUAGAUAUAUUUAGAUAACAUUGCUGUUAAGUUUAAAGGAAAUUGUAGCAUAGCCAGUAGCUAUUUUUAUGAUGUAUUCGUUUGUGGCAAACCACAUUAAAAGGUUUUAUCUCUUCCAAAUAGAAGAUUUCGGUGACAUUUAGACACAAAAGGAAUCCGCACAAACAUACGAAAUGUUUUGUAACUUCUGAGUAAAAUUUGAUUUAAUUGUCCGACGGACAUUUUCAAGGAAAUCAAUUUGAUAAGAAGAACGGGAUAAAGUUCUUUCAAGAAUCUUGAAUAGAUGCUAUGUAACUCAAUAUACAUUCAAGGUAUUACUUAAAGAAACAUUUAAACUGGCAAUUAUUUUGGACACUUCUAGAAACAUAACGAGUGCCCCUAGUGGAGCAGGAUUUGCAUUUUCUUUCGCAUACUGAAUACCACAGAACUUACAUGCUAAUAUAAAAUAAGACAAUGAGGUAUGAUUGCUAAUGAGACUUCUAUUCACCAGAGACCAAUUAUGUAAGCAACAGUAAGUCACCGUACGGACUUCAACAAUGAACAAACCCAAAAAGUCUCAAAAGAUAUGUAUAAUACUUCAGAUAGUUAAAAACAAAACCUGAUUAGAAGAUAAACGAAAAUGGUCUAUAAUUUUAAAUACAAACUUCAAUUGUCCUUUUACAUAAAUCUGCAAGGGAUAAAAACUGCUUAAACCCCUAGACCCCUGUAUUGUCAUAACAUCGACGUUAACAGACAUGAUAUGUUCUAUAAAUUUUUAUGUGUAUUAGCUUUCAACAAAAGCAGCAUUAGUUUUGCAAUCAUAUUCUGGUCUAUUUGGAAUUAGUUUUAGCUGUAUUCUGUAUAAAGUUCUUUGAUAAAUAAAUUGUUAGUUGUGUAUU